GCGGCUGUGAUUGAACUAUACGAGGCAAAAAGAGAUCGAAACCCGAGUGGCGGUGCUGCAGCCCCAGUGGUCGUAGGCAGGAUGCAGACCAUAAAGUGUGUGGUGGUGGGUGACGGGGCAGUAGGUAAAACCUGCCUGCUGAUCUCUUAUACAACCAAUGCCUUCCCCGAAGAGUACAUCCCUACAGUGUUCGACAACUACAGUGCACAAAUGAGUGUCGAUGGCCGCAUUGUCAGCCUCAACUUGUGGGAUACGGCGGGCCAGGAGGAGUACGACCGCCUGCGCACCCUCUCCUAUCCUCAGACCAAUGUUUUCAUCAUCUGCUUUUCCAUCGGCAGUCCUUCCUCCCACGCCAACGUCAGACACAAGUGGCACCCCGAGGUGUCCCACCACUGCCCCAACGUGCCCAUCCUGCUGGUUGGCACCAAGAGAGACCUGAGAGGCGAUGCAGAGACGGUGAAGAAGCUAAAGGAGCAAGGCUUGGCCCCGACCACCCAGCAGCAGGGCAACGCCCUGGCCAAGCAGAUCGGGGCCGUUAAGUACAUGGAGUGUUCUGCCCUGCUGCAGGACGGAGUCAGGGAGGUGUUCGCCGAAGCUGUCAGAGCAGUGUUGUAUCCAGUCACAAAAAAGAAUCCCAAGAAGUGUGUGCUCUUGUAAUGAAUAGUUCCCAGAUUUGGACUGUGGGGAGGGAUGAUGGAGAUCUAUAGAUGCAAAGGAAGACGGAGGAUGAAAGGUCGCCGCUCGGCUGCCUGCGUACCACAACGGCAGUUUCCAGCUCUCCUUUAACUCCUCUAUUCCUGAUUCAUCUCCCGGAGGAUCUCACUGUGUUGCCAUCAUCAC